UGCAGCCCCGACCCGGCCCGGUCACCCCUGCCCCCUCCAUCCCCCGCCCCCGCCCGAGCCCGCGCUGGGCAGGGAGCCAAGAAGGCCGGGAGGAUGCGGCCCACGGCGGCCGUCCCGAGCUGCGCGCGGUGAUCGCCUCCCCCGAGGAGGAGGCGCCUAGACCGUUGCCUCAUUUCUUGUUUUCCUUCCCCCCCCCCCCCGUAAUUACAUUGGCUGCUGGAAGGGACCGGGAGAGACAGAGGAGGCGCCUGGCUUCCCCCUCACGCCCGCCACCCCUGCUCUUUCCCGUCCCGGGCCAGGAUGACUGGAGUCUUUGACAGUCUGGUGGCUGAUAUGCACUCGACCCAGAUCACGGCCUCCAGCACUUACCACCAGCACCAGCAGCCCCCAAGCGGCGGUGGCGCCGGCCCCGGUGGCAGCAACGGCAGCAGCAGCCUGCACAAGCCCCAGGAGUCGCCGACCCUUCCAGUGUCCACGGCCACCGACAGCAGCUACUACACCAACCAGCAGCACCCGGCGGGCGGCGGCGGCGGGGGGGCCUCGCCCUACGCGCACAUGGGCUCCUACCAGUACCAUUCCAGCGGGCUCAACAACGUCCCUUACUCCGCCAAGAGCAGCUACGACCUGGGCUACACGGCCGCCUACACCUCCUAUGCGCCCUACGGGACCAGUUCCUCUCCCGCCAACAACGAGCCCGAGAAGGAAGACCUCGAGCCCGAAAUCCGGAUAGUGAACGGGAAGCCAAAGAAAGUCCGGAAACCCCGCACCAUCUAUUCCAGUUUCCAACUGGCAGCUCUUCAGCGGCGCUUCCAAAAGACUCAGUACCUGGCGCUGCCCGAGCGAGCCGAGCUGGCGGCGUCUCUAGGCCUCACCCAGACUCAGGUCAAAAUUUGGUUCCAAAACCGCCGAUCCAAAUUCAAGAAGAUGUGGAAAAGCGGCGAGAUACCCUCCGAGCAGCACCCCGGGGCCAGCGCUUCGCCACCUUGUGCCUCGCCGCCGGUGUCGGCGCCGGCCUCCUGGGACUUCGGCGGGCCGCCACGGAUGGGGGGCGGCGGCGGCCCGGCCAGCGGAGGCAGCGGCGCCGGCAGCUCCGGCUCCAGCCCGAGCAGCGCGGCCUCGGCUUUUCUGGGCAAUUACCCGUGGUACCACCAAGCCUCGGGCUCUGCUUCGCACCUGCAGGCCACCGCGCCACUGCUGCACCCCGCGCAGACCCCGCAGCCUCACCACCAUCAUCACCAUCACCACGGCGGCGGGGGUGCCCCGGUGAGCGCAGGGACGAUUUUCUAACCCCAGGGUACCUGCGCCAGAGACUGAGCAAAAACCCGCGAGCCUCGGUGCUCGCCCCCGCCGCAGGAGGGUCCCUGCUGCAGCCCGCGGCUGCCGCCCAG